GUGUGCAGGGAAUUGCUGGUAAAUUAUCGCGAUCGUGUGUAGGCAAUUGCUGGUAAAGUGCAUGUGUUUGAUGGGUUACCUUUUAUGGUGAUUCAAAUAACAAGAAAACAUUGAUCAAAUUUGUGAUGUUCUAAUAACAAAUUAAAAGGAGAACUUCUAACAAAAAAAAUGUUUGGCAGCUCAAGUUGGCUCAUAGCAAUAGCAAUUGUCAUAUCACUAGUAAAGGCAAAUUAUUCACCUCCAGAAAGAUUAACUGGAAUGAAUCCUUGCAUCAGCAAACAAACAUGUCAUGAAUGUAUACAAACACCACAUUGUGCCUGGUGUGCUGCACCAAAAUUUUCAGAGAAACGGUGUUUUUUACCAAACAUCAAUACCAAAAUAUUUGCAACAUGUCCAGCUGAAUAUACAUGGAAUCCAGAUAAUGUUUUUAGUAUGAUAAGACAUAGGAAUUUAACAAAAGGUGGUUAUGCAAGUGGUAGUAUCAGUGGUUAUGAAUAUCAAUACAUAAAUUCCAGCACAUAUGGCUCUAGUUCAAAAUCAAGUAGUAGUAGCAGUAGUAGUAAUAGCAGAAGACAAGAAGCUAUACAAAUUUGGCCACAAGAAGUUAAUUUAAAACUUAGAAUAAAUGAAGCACAUAGAAUGACUUUCGCCUAUUCACAAGCUGAAGAUUACCCUGUUGAUUUGUAUUAUCUUAUGGAUCUGAGUAAAUCAAUGGAAGAUGAUAAGAAAAAAUUAUCAGAUUUAGGACAACUUCUAGUAGAGAGUAUGAGUAAAAUUACAAGUAAUUUUCGGCUAGGUUUUGGCAGUUUUGUUGAUAAAGUUGUAAUGCCUUAUGUUAGUACAAUGCCUAAGUCGUUAAUAGAACCAUGUGAUGGAUGUGCAGCACCAUAUGGUUAUAAAAAUAUUAUGACAUUAUCUCGAGAUACUAGUCAUUUUGCUAGUUUAGUAAGAAAUGCCUCAGUAUCUGGAAAUUUAGAUGCACCAGAAGGAGGAUUUGAUGCAAUUAUGCAAGCUAUAGUUUGUAGGCGACAAAUUGGUUGGCGUGAAAAGGCUCGUAGACUUUUAGUGUUUUCUACAGAUGCUGGUUUUCAUUAUGCAGGAGAUGGUAAAUUAGGUGGAAUUAUCAAGCCAAAUGAUGGUGAAUGUCAUUUAGAUGGUACUGGACUUUAUACACACUCAUCUUUACAAGACUAUCCAAGUAUUUCUCAAAUUAAUUUAAAAGUCAAACAAAAUGCUAUUAAUGUUAUAUGGGCUGUUACGGAAGAGCAAAUAAACGUAUAUAAAAGACUAACUAAACAUGUAGAAGGAUCUUUUGCUGGUAAAUUAUCAGAUGACUCAAGUAAUGUUGUAGAAUUAAUUCGUGAACAGUAUGAUGCAAUUUCAAGUUCGGUUGAGAUGAAAGAUACAGCUAGCAGUGCAGUUAAAGUAAAAUAUCUUUCAAAAUGUCUGGGGACAGGCCCACUUAUUGAAACUUCAAAAUGUGAUGGAUUAAAAGUUGGAACAAAAGUAGAAUUCACUGCAGAAAUUGAAGUCACAAGUUGUCCAGAAAAUAGAUCAGAAUGGAAACAAAAAUUCGAUAUUUAUCCAGUAAGAAUAAAUUAAUUUCUUUUUUCUACAUUGGAAAUGUUAUGUGACUGUGAAUGCGAACGUGAAGGUGCUAUGUAUGAACCAAAAUCACCAGAAUGUAAUGGUGUAGGAACUCUAAAAUGUGGCAUCUGUGAAUGUUAUGAUGGAUUCUUUGGAAAACGUUGUGAAUGCAGUCCCCAUCAAGAAAUGACAGGAUUUGAUAAACAUUUUCAAUCUUGUAGGCCUGACAAUACUUCUCUUGUAGAUUGUUCAGGAAGAGGAACUUGUGCUUGUGGUCAGUGUGAAUGUGAAGAAAGAGAAAAUCCUGAAGAAAUAAUAUCGGGUCAUUUUUGCGAAUGUGACAACUUUUCAUGUGACCGAGAUCAAAGUCAUUUGUGUUCAAAUCAUGGAACAUGUGAAUGCGGACAAUGUGUUUGUAAUGCAGGAUGGACUGGUCCAUCUUGCAAUUGUAGAUCUUCAAAUGAAACUUGUAUUGCACCAGGAACUACUAAUGGACUGUUGUGUUCAGGACAUGGAGAUUGUAUUUGUGGUGAAUGUAUUUGCUAUGAAGAAGGAAGUACUAGAUAUUCUGGUAAACACUGUAAUAAAUGCCCAACCUGUCCAAGCCGUUGUGAAGAAUUAAAAAAUUGUGUAUUAUGUCAAAUGUAUGGUACUGGUAAUUUUACUGACAAAGAAGAAUGUGCAAAAAAUUGCAAAGAAUUCGUUCCUGAACCAGUUGAUACCGUUAUACCAGAUGUGGAUAAGGAUGAAGUUCUAUGUUUCGGUAUAGAUGAAGAUGACUGUAAAUAUAACUUUGUUUAUUAUUACAACGAAACAAAUUGUCUAAAAGUUCGAGCUCAAAAAGAAAGAGAAUGUCCACCACAAGUUUAUAUGCUUGGUAUAGUAUUAGGUGUAAUAGCAGCUAUUGUUUUAAUUGGUCUCGCACUGUUACUUUUAUGGAAGUUAUUGACAACUAUACAUGAUAGAAGAGAAUUUGCAAAAUUUGAGAAAGAAAGGAUGAUGGCUAAGUGGGAUACGGGAGAAAAUCCAAUUUACAAGCAAGCAACUUCAACAUUUAAAAAUCCAACAUAUGCUGGAAAAUAAAAUCAAUAAAUAUG